AUGGCAGACGAAGUUUUAUAUCUUUGUGAUUCUGAACCGGCAGCUUCAGCUUCUUCUACGGAUUCAUGUAGUGAUCUUAUGCAGUACUUCGUGACAGAUAUAAUUUUUGAAUCACGAGAUAAGGUUCUAGAAUGGGCACGUGCUUUUGGGAACAAAAUCAUGAGGAGGAAAAAUUACAAACAGAAAAAUGAAGUUGCGGCCCCUUCUGAUGGCAAUUCUACUAUGAGGCUUAAAUGUUUAUUUAGGUUGAGAUAUGAUCUGAGUGGUACUGGUUGGAAGGUGGUGGUUAAAUGUCGGAUGCAUAAUCAUAGACUAGAUAAGGAUUUGUUAGGUCAUGAUAUCUUGGAUCGUCUAAAAGGUGAUGAAAGAAAGUUUGUGAAUGACAUGACGAAGUACAAUAUGGCACCAAGGUACCGGCUACCACUACUUGAGAUUUUUGGUGUUACAUCAACAAAAUUGACGUUUUCAGUUGCUUUUGCAUAUUUGGAACAUGAAAGGGAGGAGAACUUCACAUGGGCACUAAAGAGGCUUUAG